AUGGAACUGACUGACUUCCUUGCAUGAGCAAAAAUUCCGAUCUUUUAUACCAGGAAGUCGAAUCAGUUUCGUGAGAUAUCUGCGACCGUCAGCGUCUUUAUCAACUGCUGUGUCACAAGUAAUCAGAGCAAAAAAAGAAAGAAAAAAAAUUGUGAAAUCAGAAAGAACACCAUGGAUGAGACGCGGUUGGAAACAGCGCUGGGCCACAAGCAGCAGCUGGUGCGCAGAUUCGAUCUCUUCAGUUUGACCAGUCUGGGCAUCAUCAUCGCAAACUCGUGGGCAUCAACAGGAGGCACAAUCGUAUCGGCCCUGCAGAAUGGCGGCCCCAUGGCGAUCCUAUACGGCCUCAUCCUGGUCAGCAUCUUCUACACCCUGAUCACAGCGUCACUCUCCGAGCUGGCAUCGUCCAUGCCCUCCGCCGGCGGCGUCUACUACUGGUCCUCCGUGCUGAGUCGCAAACACGGUAAAGUGGUAGGCUUCUUCACGGGGUACCUCAACGCCACGGCAUGGCUCCUCUCGGCGUCAUCUAUAUCCUCCAUGCUGGGCAACGAGCUCGUCGCCAUGCAUCUGCUACGCCAUCCAGAGGUAGAAUUCCACCCGUGGCAGGUGUUUGUCGCUUUCCAGGGCCUCAACUGGACAUGCUGCGCUAUUGUGUGCUUCGGGAACCGCUUCGUCCCGUGGAUUAAUCGCAUUGCGUUGUGUCUGUCUAUGACCGGCCUGGUCGUCACGGUGCUCGUCCUCGCUAUCAUGCCUAAACGACACGCCAGCAGCGCGGACGUCUGGACUACAUACAACAAUAACACCGGCGGCUGGUCCGACGGCAUCUGCUUCAUGACGGGGCUGCUGAAUGCGGCUUUUGCAGUUGGCGUUCCUGACUGUAUCAGCCAUCUUUCUGAAGAGAUCCCCAACCCCCAACUCCGCAUCCCCCAAGGCAUGCUCCUCCAAAUGUUCACAGCCUUCACAACAGCCUUCAUCUACGUCAUCGCCCUCUUCUACUCCAUCUCCGACCUCCCCGCCGUCCUCAACAGCCGCAUCGCCGUCUUCCCCACCGCCGAAAUCUACCGCCAAGCAACAGGCUCCAACGCCGGCGCAACAGGCCUCACAGCAGUUCUCUUCCUCGCAACCUUCCCGACGCUGAUCGGCACGCUCGUCACAGGUGGCCGCAUGUGGUGGAGUCUCGCCCGCGACGACGCAACCCCCUUCCCAACCUUCUUCAAACACAUCGACCCCGUCCACGAGACCCCCGUGCGCGCUACCAUCGCCGUCAGCGCCAUGGUCUCCUGUCUGGGUUGUAUCUACGUAGGCAGCUCCACCGCCUUCCAAGCGCUCAUCUCAUCCUUUAUCGUCCUCUCGACACUAUCCUACCUCGGCGCGAUCCUGCCUCACGUGUUGACGGGGAGGCGGAAUAUCGUGCCCGGUCCGUUCUAUAUGGGUCAUGGGCUGGGAAUGAUCGUUAAUGUCGUUGCGGUGCUGUAUAUUGUUGUCACGGUCGUGUUCUUCUGCUUCCCGCUUGUGAUGCCUGUUACUGUGCAGAAUAUGAACUACACGAGUGUUAUUGCUGUGGGGUUGAUGGCUUUGACGGCUGGGUGGUGGGUUGUUCGUGGGCGGAGGGAUUAUCGGGGCCCGCAGUAUAGUAUGGAGGCCGCGCAGGAGCUGGCGAAGGGGGAGUAA